CAUUGUUUGUAUAAGUAUCGUAAUGUCCAACUAACUAUCUCAGUAUUAUACAUUAUUUUUUCGUUAAUUUUCGUUCGAUAUAAUUGAAGGAUUUUUUCUCAAAAUUCUUUGAGUGUAUUCUGUAUCUUGCUAAAGUCAAAUAGUGAACAUUUUAUGACGUUUUUUAGGAAGUGAGAAAGAGCUUUUUUCAAGAUCAUGUAAACAAGUCGACCUGUUAAGUUUUUAGUGUGAUUUCCAUCAAUUCGAUUCAUCCUUCAUUGAAAAACUUCUAUUGAUAAUAAUUAAUGCAGAUUAUUUUAAUAAUAGUUAGACUUGAUAAAUUGAAUUGGAUAUUUCAAAAUGAGCUCAUAACCUCUAUAAGUUUAUCUUCACGUACAAAAUCACUGAUAUAAAUUUAAAAUAUUUUUUUAGACUAUGGCAGUAAAUGUCUUCAAUGGAAGUCUAAUUUUACGUCUCGCAAUAGUUACAAUAAGCGUUAUAUUGUUUAUAUACAUUCUUUCAAAGUACGAUAAAAAAGUUUACAUAUAAACCUUGUUUUUUCAUUAUUAUUCAAUAUACGGUCAAAGUACUUUUGUAAACACGUAGAAUUUAUUAUAUUUUGAACGUAAAAAACAAAAUUAGUUAAAUUUGUUUAGAAUUACGAUGGCGCUUGAACUAUUAGUAUUUUUUAGUUAUAUUUUGUGUCUGUUUUUAAGUUUUUUUUCAUUAUUUUAUUUGUUCGCAAUUUAUAAACAAUCUUACUGGUUAAAACGUGGGGUUUACACGCCUAGUAAUUGCCACUGGUUUUUUGGUCAUUUCAAAGAUGCAUUUUUAUUAAAAAAAUCUUUUUCUCAAGUUUUCGAGGACUUGUAUAGUACGAAUACUGAUUCACCAGUUAUUGGAAUAUACAUGUUGCAAAAACCAUUCUUAAUAGUUCGAGAUCCUGAGCUUAUAAAACAAAUGUUCAUUAAAGAUUUUAACGUGUUUUGUAAUCGAUACUUUGCUUCGAAGCGAAAAGCCGAUAUAAUCGGUAGCUCAAAUUUAUUUUCGAUCGAUAAUCCCAAAUGGAAGUAUUUGCGCUCGAAAUUGUCCCCUGCAUUUAGUAUGGCUAAAUCCAAAAAACUCGUGCAGUUGAUGUUGAAGUCAACUGAUGGCCUCAUGAAUCAUUUAAGUUCUCAAACCACCGAUGGGAAAACAUCAACAAUCGAAUGCAGACAACUCAGCGACAAAUACACUACGGAUGUGAUAACUUCGUUUGCUUUCGGCAUUCAAACUAACUCGUACUUGAAUACAGAAUUUUAUGAUCGUAGUCGUGUAAUAUUUGAUAUGACAGUCCGUCGUGUAAUUUUGACACUGUCAGUUUUCUUUUUUCCUCGAAUUGCCGAUAUUAUGAAUGGUACGUUCUUAGAUUCUUCAGAGGAAUUUUUUAGGAACGUUUUCUGGAAAUCUAUGAAUGAAAGAGAAAAAUCUCGAACCAGCGAAAGAGGAGACAUCAUUGAUUUACUAAUCGAUUUGAAAAAUGAAAAACAAGAUCCCGAAUUCAGUUUUAAAGGUGAUUAUCUUGUUGCCCAAGCUGCAAUUAUACUUUUUGCUGGUAUUGAAACCAGUGCAACUACCAUGGGAUUUACUCUUUUGGAGCUUGCUAAAAAUCCUUCAAUGCAAACGAAAGUACGUCACGAAAUCCAAGAAAUAAUUGCAGAAAACGGGUUUACAUAUGAAGCACUUUUAAAUAUGAAAUAUUUAAAUCAAGUUGUAUGCGAAACUCUCCGAUUGUAUCCUCCACUGCCAAUUAUUGAUAGAGUAGCCAGCGAAAAUUAUAAAAUACCUGAUACCAGUAUUGUGCUAGAAAAAGGAACUGCUGUGUAUGCCAUCGUAAAUGGAUUGCAUAAAGAUCCACAGUUCUUUCGAGAUCCCCAUACAUUUAAUCCUGAUAGAUUUAGUGAAGAGCUUAAACAAAAUAUUAAGUCAUGCACUUAUAUGCCUUUUGGUGAGGGUCCAAGAAAGUGCAUAGGUAUGCGAAUGGGUCAAUUACAAUCUGUGGUUGGCUUAGCAACCAUUUUAAAUAAUUAUGAAGUUGCUCUAAAUUCACAGUACGUGACUAAAAUCAGCAAGAAAUCUAUGAUUUUGGCUCCAGAAAAUGGUAUCAGGCUCGAUUUUAAACGAAUCAGUUUAUUAUGAAAAUAUGUUUUCAUCUAAUUUUGGAGUAAACUUAAACUCCAAAUAGAGUUGUGACAGUCGAAAAAAACGUUUUUUACAUUUUUAAUGUACAUAUUUUUUUAAAUAAAAAAGUUUCAAUAUGCUGUUGAUAAUAAAUUGUCUUUUCGAGUAUUUCCUUAAAAUUAUUAAUCAUAAUUUUUCAAUUAUUUCAUGAAAGUAUUUAUAAUUUUGUACGCGAACGAUAAGAAUUUCUCAA